AUGGCGGUAGAUGCACCCAAACCUCCCAAGCUCGACAUUGACCAGUUCUUCGCUACUGCGCUCUCUGCGACGCCUGCGGAGCUGCAUCCGUACUUUGAGUCGUUCAGGACGUUACACCAACGAAAGUUAUGGCACCAGCUGACGCUGAAGCUAUUCGAGUUCUUCGACCACCCGAAGUCGAGGCCGUAUAGGGUGGACGUAUUCGAGCGGUUCGUGAGGGACUUCGAGCAGCGGCUGAACCAGCUGCGUCUAGUUGAGAUGGGUGUCAAGGUGUCCCGAGAGAUCGAUAACCCGCACGCGCACCUCACAUUCCUCUCAUCCCUCCUCGCCCGGAUCGACAAGGAGAAGUCGCCGCAAGCGCACGUCCUCCUCCUCUCCAUGCUCGCGCACGCCAAGCUGCUCUUCGGUGACAUCGAGGGCACGAAGACGGACAUGGACGCGGCGUGGACGGUUCUCGACAGCCUCGCCGGCGUCGAGAAUGCCGUCAACGCGAGCUACUACAGCGUCGCCGCCGACUACUAUAAGGCGAGUUUCCGUCUCUGUCUCUUGAGAUAUCGUUCGAGCGCGAAGGCGGAGUACGCGCCAUAUUACCGCAAUUCGCUGUUAUACCUCGCAUGCGUGGAUCCGGAGAAGGACAUGACGGUCGAGCAGCGCGUCGAGCGCGCGCACGAUCUCGGGCUGUCGGCGCUGCUGGGCGAUACCAUAUACAACUUUGGCGAGUUGCUCAUGCACCCCAUACUGGACGAUCUGGUCAAGACGCCGCAUGAGUGGAUCAAGACGUUGCUCUUCGCGUUCAACGAGGGCAGCAUCGGCAAAUUUGAGGCGCUCGCUCCCUUGUUCCCCAAGGAGCCGAUACUGGCGGAGAACUAUCCUUUCCUCAGGCAAAAGAUCUGCUUGAUGGCCCUGAUCGAGUCGGUCUUCAAGCGGAACGCGUACGACCGGACGAUGUCGUUCCAAACGAUCGCGGAGGAGACGCAUCUGCCGAUCAACGAGGUCGAACAUUUGCUCAUGAAAGCCUUGAGCCUGAAACUCAUCCGCGGCUCGCUCGACCAAGUGGAUCAGAAAGCGCAGAUUACCUGGGUGCAGCCGCGCGUGCUGUCACGCGAACAGAUCGGCGCGCUGGCGAAGCGGCUAGAGGGCUGGUGCGAUAAGCUCGCUGGCGUGGAGAACAGGAUCGCGCCCCAGUUGCUCGUUGGUGCGUAG